GCCGUAGCAACCCCAUUCCCCAAGCCCUCUGUCUGUCUCCUCUGGUAGGUUCCACAAUGGUACAGGCAGCAUCACGCUGCACAAUGGUUUCCAGGCAGUGAAAGAGGGUGAUUCAGCAAGCCACUCUUCUUCUUCUUCUUCUUCUUUUUUUUAAAACCUCCCCUUCUCUUUUUAUUUUUAUGGGGGUGGUCGGUGCUUGUUAUAUGCUUACCUUUUUCCUUUCCUUUUUCAUUUUUACAAUAUUCCUUUUUUCUCCUCACCCCUCAAUUCCUAGGGGCUUGAGUGACUUUAAGAUUGGCUUUUCUUGGAAAUCACCUGUCCAUCAUUAAUUUUAAACAAUUUCCCCACCUGCAAAGAAUCUAUUCCUUAUUACAGUUUGGAAUGUGGUUAAUGAAAAACAAGUAGGGAGGAUUUCUGGGGCAAACACUGCUGGAUCAGGAUCGUAGUUCUCAAGCACGGAAUGGCUAGCUUGAGACACACCAACAGCAGGACCAUCUCAGAUCUUUGUUAUGGCAACUCAGGCAAGAAGCUGUUGAAUUAGACCCAUUUCCUGUAGAUGAGAAACCAUACAAGCAGUGGUAUUUAUGAGCCUCCAUUUAUUGUACUACUGCAGUGAACCAACCUUGGAUGUGAAAAUUGCCUUUUGUCAGGUGUGUGUUCCUUACAGGUAAAACAAGGGAUUCGAUAAACAAGUGGAUGUGUCAUAUAUUGCCAAACAUUACAACAUGAGCAAAAGCAAAGUUGACAACCAGUUCUACAGUGUGGAAGUGGGAGACUCAACCUUCACAGUUCUCAAGCGCUACCAGAAUCUAAAGCCUAUUGGCUCUGGGGCUCAGGGAAUAGUUUGUGCUGCGUAUGAUGCUGUUCUUGACAGAAAUGUGGCCAUUAAGAAGCUCAGCAGACCCUUUCAGAACCAAACGCAUGCCAAGAGAGCUUACCGGGAGCUGGUCCUCAUGAAGUGUGUGAACCAUAAAAAUAUUAUUAGUUUAUUAAAUGUCUUCACACCCCAGAAAACGCUGGAGGAGUUCCAAGAUGUUUACUUAGUAAUGGAACUGAUGGAUGCCAACUUGUGUCAGGUGAUUCAGAUGGAGUUAGACCACGAGCGAAUGUCUUACCUGCUAUACCAAAUGUUGUGUGGCAUCAAGCACCUUCACUCUGCUGGAAUUAUUCACAGGGACUUGAAACCAAGUAACAUUGUAGUCAAGUCUGAUUGUACAUUGAAAAUCCUAGACUUUGGAUUGGCCAGGACAGCAGGCACAAGCUUCAUGAUGACUCCUUAUGUGGUGACACGUUAUUACAGGGCCCCUGAGGUUAUUCUGGGAAUGGGCUACAAGGAGAACGUGGAUAUAUGGUCUGUGGGAUGCAUUAUGGGAGAAAUGGUUCGCCACAAAAUCCUCUUUCCAGGAAGGGACUAUAUUGACCAGUGGAACAAGGUAAUUGAGCAACUAGGAACACCAUGUCCAGAAUUCAUGAAGAAAUUGCAACCCACAGUAAGAAACUAUGUGGAGAAUAGGCCCAAGUAUGCAGGACUCACCUUCCCCAAGCUCUUUCCAGAUUCCCUCUUCCCAGCGGACUCCGAGCACAAUAAACUCAAAGCCAGCCAAGCCAGGGACUUGUUGUCAAAGAUGCUAGUGAUUGACCCAGCAAAAAGGAUAUCAGUGGACGACGCCUUACAGCAUCCGUACAUCAAUGUGUGGUAUGAUCCUGCCGAAGUGGAGGCGCCCCCACCCCAGAUAUACGACAAACAGCUGGAUGAAAGAGAACACACCAUUGAAGAAUGGAAAGAACUCAUUUACAAGGAAGUCAUGAGUUCAGAAGAAAAGACUAAGAAUGGCGUUGUGAAAGGACAGCCUUCUCCUUCAGGUGCAGCAGUGAACAGCAGUGAGAGUCUCCCUCCAUCCUCGUCUGUCAACGAUAUCUCCUCCAUGUCCACUGACCAGACCCUGGCAUCUGACACUGACAGCAGCCUGGAAGCCUCGGCAGGACCCCUGGGUUGUUGCAGGUGACUAGCCGCCUGCCUGCGAAACCCAGGGUUCUUCAGGAGAUGAUGUGAUGGAACACACACACGCAGACACUCACGCACACACACAAACACAGACACGCAACGACAAGAAAACAGCAAGGGAGAGAAUCCGAGCCUAAAAUUGAAACAAAUCUUUCAGCCUGCUUCUUCUCCAGAAUUCUGUAUUGCAGCUAAGCCAAAUGUAUAUUUAACUUCUAGUUGCUCUUGCUUUGGUCUUCUUCUAACAAUGCUUACUACAGAAAGCAAAUCAAACACAAUUAGAGAAGCCUUUUCCAUAAAGUGUAAUUUUAAUGGCUGCAGAACCAGCGACCUGUAACUGCCCUUUCAAAUGGCAUGACAAGGUGUGCAGUGGCCCCAUCCAGCAUGUGUGUGUCUCUAUCUUGCAUCUACCUGCUCCUUUUGGCCUAGUCAGAUGGAUGUAGAUACAGAUCCGCAUGUGUCUGUAUUCAUACAGCAUACUUACUUAGAGAUGCUACUGUCAGUGUCCUCAGGGCUCUACCAAGACAUCACGCACUGGGGUACCACAUGGUCCAUUUCAUGUGAUCUAUUACUCUGACAUAAACCCAUCUGUAAUAUAUUGCCAGUAUAUAAGCUAUUUAGUUUGUUAAUUGAUUAAGCUGUAUGUCUUACAAGAAAACAUGUAAAGGGGGGAAGAUGGGGGGAGUGAGCUCUCUUGGACCCUUGAAGAUGUAGCUUCCAAAUUUGAACUGAUUAAAUGGCACCUGUAUACCAAUUUCCAGAAAGAA